GCCCAGCUCCCUGAAGGCAGAAUACGAUGGAAGAGGGAGCCACCCAACCUGGCAAUGACUCAUCCUUGGCCAACGAUGAGAACGGCACCCAAGGGCCCUCUCCCGGGAACCUCACCUUCUCCUCCUACUACCAGCACUCCUGGCCCGUGGCGGCCGUGUUUAUCAUGGCCUACGUCCUCAUCUUCCUCAUGUGCCUGGUGGGAAAUAGCCUUGUCUGCUUUAUUGUGGUGAAGAGCAGGCAGAUGAGGACGGUCACCAACAUGUUCCUUCUGAACCUGGCUGUCAGCGACCUGCUGGUGGGUGUCUUCUGCAUGCCCACCACCCUCGUGGACAACUUGAUCACAGGUUGGCCAUUCGAUAACAUCACGUGCAAAAUAAGUGGUCUGGUCCAAGGCAUGUCAGUUUCAGCCUCCAUCUUCACCCUGGUCGCUAUUGCUGUGGAAAGGUUCCGCUGCAUUGUCCAUCCCUUCCGCCAGAAGCUGACCCUGAGGAAGGCCCUGGUCACCAUCACCAUCAUCUGGGUCCUAGCGCUGAUCAUCAUGUGUCCGUCAGCCAUCACUCUGACCGUCACUCAGGAGGAGCACCAUUUCAUGGUGGACGCCCAGAACCGCUUGUACCCCCUUUUCUCCUGCUGGGAGGCCUGGCCUGAGAAGGGCAUGAGGAAGAUCUACACCACGGUCCUCUUCUCCCACAUCUACGUGGCCCCGCUGGCCCUGCUCGUCAUCAUGUACACCCGCAUUGCUUUCAAGCUCUUCAAGUCCCGCAACCCCCAGCCUGAUGAGGCAGCCAUGGAGAGGCAGCGCAUGUCCCGGAGGAAGGCCAAGGUGGUACACAUGCUCAUCGUAGUAGCCCUGUUCUUCACUCUCUCCUGGCUCCCGCUAUGGUGCCUGCUGCUCCUCACCGACUAUGGCCACCUGAGCGAGCAGCAGCUAUACCUACUCAGCGUCUACAUCUUCCCCUUCGCUCACUGGCUAGCCUUCUUCAACAGCAGCGCCAACCCCAUCAUCUAUGGCUAUUUCAACAGGAAUUUCCGCAGAGGCUUUCGGGCCGCCUUUCAGACCCGGCUUUGCUCCCUCGAGUGGGGAAAUCACAGGGAAGCCUACUCUGAGAGGCCCGGUAGACUCUUGGCUGGGGCCCUGCACAACCGGAUCUUUGUGGAGAUGCAGCCCAGUGAUUCAGCCCUGCCCACUGAGUCAGGCCAGAGUGGCGAUGUCCAGAGGAUGGGACGCCUCCCCCUGCAGAGUGGUUGGAUGGCCCAUUGCCAGCUGGCCAAGGAAGGUCUGGAUGGUCAAGGCUGUUCCCACGUCCCCCUCAGUAUCCCAGCUUGGGAUAUCUGA